AUGGAGCCGGUGGACGGCGAGGACGACGAUUUCCUCGACCAGCAACCAGACCAAGGUGACGAUUUCAUGUCCGACGAUGACGAUUUCGUUCACCAGCAGCCGGGGCAAGGGGAGGAGGACUACUUUAUGUCCGACGACGACGACGAUUACUGGUCGACCGACGACGAUGACGAUUACUGGUUGACGCAAGGUGACGACGACGACUUCAUGUCCGACUACGACGACGAGGAGGAGGAGGAGUACCCCUUCCCCGUGCACGCGCCGGCAGCAGCGGCGUCCGAGGCGGCGAUCGCGGCGCUGGAGGCGGCCGAGGCGCCGGCCGACGACUGCUGCCCCGUCUGCCUGCAGGACGGCGGGGAGGCGCCGGAGCCGGAGCCGGCGUCGCGGCCGUGGAGCCGAGUCGCGCCGUGCGGGCACCGGUUCCACGCCGCGUGCGUGGAGAAGUGGCUGAGGGUGAAGCUAGCCUGCCCCGUGUGCCGGUUCCCGGCUGCACCCGCCGCCGCGUGCCGCCGUGACGCUGCGCCGGAGCCCCCGCCCCCGCGCCCGAUCCCGGACAUCGUGGAGGAGUUCUUGGCGCUGGGUUACGAGGAGUCUCUCGUGUUCGACAAGAGCCCGCGAUGGAUGGAAUACAUGGCCGACCUUCACCAGGAAUUCUUCCCUUCGGCCGGUGCAGCCUGA